AUGGAAGGAAGUCGGCAGGGUGUGCAUCUCCCCGCCCACGCCUUAAUUCGCCAAACUCCUGCCCCGGUGGUACUACAUGUACUUAGUCACUUUUUACCUCCGCGAUAUGUACAAGGCUGGUUUCCACCGGAAAGAAUUCCUUUUUCUUUUAGCCCUAAGGCACAAGGCCACGACAUCCAAGCAUGGCGGACGCCAUCUGGGAGUCCUACCGGCCCGAACUGGAGCACCUCUAUAUCCAUGAAAACCAGGAAAUGGCAAAUUCAGGGAAUAUUCAGGGAAUAUAUGCGAACUAAGUACGAAUUCGAUGAAAACACCUACAAACAUAGAGUAUCUCAUAUCGAAAUAGAAAGACGCAGUACAAAACGUACUUCAGGCGAUGGGGCCUGCGCAAAAAAUCACUCUCUGACUCCGUCGGAGGGCAAGUUCAUCGGGCGACGAAUCAACAAGAGAAAGAGGGAAGAGAGCGAAGUGUGGUCCGCUCAGCGUGUUUCCAUAUCUUCCUACUUACAUGGAUCCCAGGCAACUGAGAAGAUCUUAGCUCCUUCUCCCAACAUCCUAGAAGGGAUUGUUGUCUGCACUCCUACUGCCGGGUAUGCGGCUCAUCUGGAACCAGUCCCUUCCAUGGUUGCUAUUUGCCAUAAGACUCAUAUUCGAAGCAGUUCUUCUCCAAUCUUGUGUCUGGAACAAACGAAUUACCGGCCAUGCAUUGACAAUCGCAGUUAUCUUUCAUCACACUUGCUAAUAGAUGGCAUCCUGGAGCAGGUGGUGGACAUGAAUCAAAAGAUCAAGAUCUACUACCCCGACACGGCUGCGGUUAAGAACCAGCUGGUGUCCAUAGUCCAAUGGUUAGUCAAAAGCCCGCAAACCAAUAUUGACUACCUUGGGAAUGGCGCGGGUCGACGCACGGCGCUACAACAUGCGGUGAACAACGGAAACAUGGACCUGAUCAACUUCCUUCUUGACCACGGAGCCGAUGUCAACAGUGCAUCAUCAGAGGAUGGUGGAGCAACCGCAUUGCAGAUUGCUGCCAUUCAAGGCUACCUAGGAAUCGCUCGCAAGCUCCUCGACCUAGACGCGGACGUUAAUGCUGCUCCUGCAAGACGCAAUGGCAGAACAGCCUUGGAGGGAGCAGCAGAGCACGGUCGAAUUGACAUGCUUCGGCUAUUUUUCGACGAAGGAGCAUCGCUGACUGUAGCCUACCGUGUGGUAAGAGACGCCCUGUGGUACGAGAAGCCUAGUUAUUUAGGGAUAGUAUGGUUUAUCGUCGUGGUGAUUCGACGCGAGUUUUCUUUUCGACGAGAUUGA